AUGGACUCUCCUGGGGGCAACGCCGCUCGCCAGCAGCGAGCCGAUUCGACCGGCUCGACCGGUUCCAGUGGCUCCAUGGGCCGUCGUAAGUCGUCCAGCCUUUUCUCCUCCCUGGAGCAGCAGAAGCGCUCCAACGAUCCCGAGCAGGUAGCUCGCCGGGCCAGCAUGCACGACCAAAAGCCGGCGCCGGGCAUGAUUGGCAAGUGGUGGAGCAGCUAUGUUCACGGAACGGGGCAGAAGUAA